AUGAGCGGAUGCAGUGCGGAGAGCGUCACAAAGCCGUCGCCGUUGUCAUCUUCGCAGCAGCAGAAGCAGCAGCCGAAACGAAGCAGUGAUCAAAUGGAGAGGGUAGUUGAGAUGCUUUCAAUUAGCGGCUGCGAACGACCUCCACGGCCAGGUAGGAGUCGCGAUACACUUCGCUGUUUCGCGGGCCAAGAAUCAAGGCACCCACUGACGCUCGUCCUCCGUGGACGUGGCUUUCCAACAGACGCGCAUCUGCAUGUUCAAUUGGAGGAGCACAGCCCACUUCCUCUUCGCGCUGGUGAGGAAAGUGGCAGAGACCCUGUUGUGAUGGACUGCGCCAACGUGCGGGCGUCAGACGUAUUUCCGAAGCAGAUCUUAUACUGCACCCUCACCCACCCGGCUGUCGGUUUGGUCAAGAAGCCGGAGUGGUUGGAACGUCUCAAAAGUCAGGUGAUGUGGAUGGACCUCAAACUGCGGCGGCUGCCGGAAAAGGAUGGAUCAAACUCUGAGGGCCAGCGCGCCGUCGUGCUUGGCGUGCUCCAUCAUGCCCUGCAAAUAAGCCUCGCGCCGGACGCUUCAUGGGCCGGAACGAAUGCCGACGACACCGACGCCGGAGAGGCAAUUGGUGAUCCUUUCGAGCUUCUCUAUCAGACCGGCCAUAGCGAGGCGGAAUCUGACCACGCAUGGCUCAUGCUUGGCAUCGGUGGACUGAAAGAACAGCUGAAGGAGUUGUACCGUCGUGUCUUUCUCUCGCGUGCCCCCUCCCUUCGCGGCGUGGUCGGAUCACUGAAACUGCCACAUGUGCGAGGGGUGAUGCUCCACGGUCCGCCUGGCAGUGGCAAGACACUCAUUGCUCGCACGAUUACCAAGCUGCUUGGUGGUGGAGGCGCAAAGGUGACGAUCGUGAACGCCGCCGAUGUUCUCUCAAAGUACGUUGGUGAGUCUGAAAAGAACCUGCGGCACCUUCUAUCCGGCGACGAAGACGACGAUGAAAACAACACAGACAACGACGCGGUAGAGGAGAGCGAUGAAACAGAGAGAAGGGCGGUGAGAGGACGGUUGCACGCCAUCAUCAUCGACGAGAUUGAGUCACUCUUCCGGCGCCGUGGGGGCUCAGGGGAUGAGAGCUCCGCCAAGGCUGUUUACGAUGGCCUGACGAACCAGCUGCUGACGCUCAUGGAUGGCAUGGACGACGCACAGAACAUACUCGUUGUCGGCCUCACCAACCAGCUGCACGCCAUUGACCGUGCGCUGCUGCGCCCCGGACGGUUCGAGGUGGUGAUUGAGGUGCCGCUGCCCGACCUCGAGGGCCGUGCGGAGGUGCUACUGAUCCACACGCAGGAGCUGCGCGAGAACAACUUUCUCGAGCCCGACAUCGAUCUGAAUGCGCUGGCGGCCGGCACCGGUGGCUUCUCUGGAGCCGACCUCGCCGGCACAGUUCGGGCGGCUGUCAGCUACGCACAGAUGCGCUACCGUGACACACGCGCUGACGACGUAGGUGGCAAGUUUCAGGUCACCAACGACGACCUUACGCUUGCAAUUCGAGAUAUAUUAAGGUCGAAGGCGCAGACGGCGCCAGGCGAGUAUGUGGGGAAUGGCAAUGAAGACAGUGUGGCUGUACCGCUUGUUGAUUACGAUGGAUCCGUCACUCAGAACACAGCUGCGACGCAUCGCCUGCUUCGGAGCAUCGACCGUAGCCGCGCCACGCAUGCCGCUGUUGUGGUCAUCUACGGCCCACCAGGAACAGGGAAAACUGUUCUGACGCAGCAGCUGAUGAGGCUGUGGCCAUUCGACGUCACCAAAUUCCUGAUGGGCGGGGAGCUCAGCGGUAACCCAGGCGUCAACCGUCUUGAGCAGAUCCUCACUGCCCUACGGGACGCCGUCAACAUAAAGGAGAACUGCGGUGUUGUAGUUGAAAAUGUAGAGUGGUACCUUCGCGACGGUGCAUCGGCGGCUGCGGAUGUUCUGAAGGCUGCCAUCCAGGAGUUCCGGGCGGCUGCAGAUGUCUCUUCCGCCACAUAUCAACACCAUAGCAGAGCGGCGGUGGGACGGCCCCCUGGAAAGCGUCUGUUGAUUUUAACCACGUCAGAUGAAGAGGUGUUCUAUGGCUUAAUGCACUCCAUCGAAUAUGACCUGCAACUGACCCUCCAUCCUAUUCAACGCAAAAACCUCGUGACGCUCCUGCGUCACUACGGUAUUCUUUCUUCAGCCAAGGAGGCAUCGAAUGACGUGGUGCAGGCGUAUCCACCGAAGCUCAGCUAUCGCCAGUUUUUGCGUAUCACCGAUCUUGCCUUGUGGAGGGCGCAUGAGGCACACAUUCAACAUAGUAAGGAUGGUGGCGUAGCCGAGAGCCACCAGGACUCUACUGUCUUCUCCACCCUGAAUGCCCUGUUUCUUCAUGGUGGGCGUUUGCACGGUUUGGAGACUGGUGAGUCCUCCCUUGACACUGAGGAGCUGCAGCGAGAAUUUAGCGCUGCUGUUCAGGAUGUCGUGGCGUCGAUGGGCCUGUCCGAUGUUUUUGCCGGUCUCUUAAAGGUAGAUGACGCCAUUGAGGGAGACGAGGUGUCUUGGUGA